UCUUUUGGGAGUCCAUGGAUGAGCCUUCGUUAAAAAGAUUCUUAGAUUUCCGAUUAAAAGCAAACGAUUUGAAAGAUAGAGAUACAGAGCACCGUCAAUACAAAACCGAAUUGGAAAUCAUUAAAAAUUACCAUGAUGAAAAUUCUGAAAUUGGGGCAAAAGCGAUAAGUUGGUUAAAACAGUUUAAGGCAAGUUGUUAUUCUACAUUAUUAUCAACUACCGUGCUGGUUGCGACUGGUUGCGGGAAAGGUUGCGACUUGUUGAGAGUAUGUAGUAUGUGCACUUUAACGGGCUACCGUGCUGGUUGCGACUGGUAUCGGGAAAGGUUGCGACUCAAUGAUAAAUCAUCGGAUCAGAUAAACCAUUUUUGGGAUCUUCAAUUGAAAAGACAAAAUAUUCUAGCGGAAUUCAAGUUGCUUGAAGAUAGAUGCAAAUUGCUCGAGAAGGAGCAGAACGAACUGGAGAACCAGAUGUGUCUUGAACAGACCCAACACAUUCUGGAUGCAACGAGAGAGACCGUAAGUCAAGGUCUUUUCUUACAAAAAUCAAUUGCCAAAAGAUUUGAAGAACGCAUAUUAGAUGCUGAACAUCAAAUCGAGGAAGGGGAACCUUCAACUGGAUAUCAUACACCAGAACGACAUACUACACCGGAAGAUGACGAAGAAAUAAAAACGUCAACGUACGAUACUUUCCAAACACAUAUUUAUAAGCGACCAGAGCCGAAUCCCUUUUUAGUAGGAACAAAGCGUGACCGAGAUGUGGAAGAAGAAGAGGAUGACGAAUAUAACGCGGACCAAACGAUCAUCGGUGGGAAAAGCACCGAUUGGAUUGUAAAUGGGGUUCAUAUCAGAGAAGGCCUGACACAAUAUCAACUUGAUAAAAAUCCGCAAAAAACGAAGCCAGAAUAUUAUGACAUUAUUUUCUUCAAUUCUAAUUAUAAGGAUGGUUUCUUAAGUACGCUAGAUGAAAGUAUCGUGGAACAGAUGCGUAUCGAUAUAAGAAGAAAAGAAGAAAAAACGAAAGAUAAUAUGGAGCAAGAUAUUAAGAUAUUUUUGGACAAUGUGAUCGAUCGUGAUAUCAAAAUCACUAAAGAGAAACUAAAACAACAAAAAGAAGAAAAUAUUGCUUCAUUUGAGAAGGUCUAUGCGUUAGAAUUCGUGAGUCACAUGAUAAAACUAAUGGAAAAUGUGAAUUGGCUUCUUGACCCGAUGUCCGAGGGAACGUACAUAGUCAAUGUUUUGGCGCCCAUCCUCUCUGAAUUUUUUACUAAAAAUAAACAAUAUUGGUGUGCUUCAUAUGGAGAAACUUGUCUAAAGGCAAGCGCAAGAGAUCGUAAUUCUGACAAGGCAGAUAAUGAACGCCGAUCUAACGGAAAAAAAAUUGAUACCAUUAUUUCCUUAAAAGAAGAAAAUAAAGAGUUCUCGGUUACAGAAGUGAGUGGCCCUCCGAUGAAAAACGAUUGGACUCAUUUUAUAGGUGAUCGGAUGAAGAUCGCAAAGAUGUUAAAGACUUUAAUUAAUCAGUUUGCGGAGCUUAACCCGAGUUCUGAUAUUACAUUGGUCAAGCUAUAUGGGCUACAAUCAUAUCUAAAUGAGCUGACCAUUUAUGAGUUUCAACUAAAAUAUACGGAAAUCUAUACCAUGGAAGUAAUAUCAACAUUUCCGUUACCUAAGACAUGGGCGGACAUGGCAAAGGCUCAUAAAACAGUAAUGGGCUUGUUGGAAUAUGAGCGUUUAUUGUUUGAAAGCAUGGAAACAAUAAAAGACUUUAUGUGGAGUAAGGGAGGAUCGAAGAAGAUGACUACGAGAAUGAUUUAUUCUCCUACUGGAAGCGUCGAGAAAACUAAGAGCACUGCGACUACGAAGAGCACUACGAAUACAAAGAAAACUAAGAGGACUAUGACUGCAAAAAAAACUAAGCAAGCAAGGAUUUAG